AUGCCUCUUGAAAAUCAACCGCGACUUCUUCCCACAACUCUAAGCAAGCGGAAUCGGGCUGUCAUGAAAGAUCCAAGCGCAAUGCUGGUGUUCUGUUUGGAAGCCAGCUGGAACCUUUGCGGGACGGCCUCAAAUCAUUUUGGUGCCGCACUGAAAGAUUGCCGUAUUAUUGGCUUUAAGCAUCCCACUGCUGGAAGUGCAGUUGAGAGUGAAGUGGGAGUAGAUCCAUCCCAGCCUGGAGAAAAGAAAUUGAGGAUCGUAUCACAGAGGCUAAGGUUCUUGUCAGCAGACUUAUAUGCUUUAGUUAAUUCAAUAACAGGCCACGGAUUUUGCGCAUCGUCAAAUUAG